CUUAACACUUCAUUCAUACCAACUUGCCUGAAACAUUGAUCAUGGCCACCGCAACUUCCCAAUUCCUUACAAUACCUUCUCCUUCUCCUUCUCCUUCUCUUUCUCUCUCCUCUAAGUCUUCUCUCUCCUCCGCCUUCUCCGUCUCCGUCCGUCCCCGCUGCCGUGGCGCCCGCUCUCUCGUGGUGCUUGUCUCCGCCGGUCUUGACGCCAAGCCCACCGUCCUCGUCGCCGAGAAGCUCGGCGAUGCAGGCCUCACGCUGCUUAAGGACUUCGCCAACGUGGAUUGCUCCUAUAAUCUCACCUCCGAGGAGCUCUGCACCAAGAUCUCGCUCUGCGACGCGCUCAUCGUGCGUAGCGGCACCAAGGUCACUCGCGAGGUCUUUGAGUCCUCCGGCGGGAGGCUCAAGGUCGUUGGUAGAGCCGGCGUCGGAAUUGAUAAUGUGGAUCUGGCUGCCGCCACUGAGUUUGGUUGCUUGGUCGUCAAUGCGCCCACCGCCAACACCGUCGCCGCUGCCGAGCACGGGAUUGCGCUCUUGGCCGCCAUGGCUCGGAACGUUGCUCAAGCUGAUGCGUCCAUCAAAGCUGGGAAAUGGCUGAGAAAUAAGUAUGUUGGAGUUUCCCUGGUUGGUAAGACGCUCGCUGUCCUCGGAUUUGGGAAGGUUGGUUCUGAAGUUGCUCGUCGUGCCAAGGGGCUUGGUAUGAACGUAAUUGCACAUGAUCCAUAUGCUCCGGCAGAUCGCGCUCGUGCUAUUGGUGUUGAGCUUGUGAGCUUUGAUGAGGCCAUUUCAACUGCGGAUUUCAUCUCUUUGCACAUGCCUCUUACGCCUGCUACAUCGAAGGUUCUCAAUGAUGAGACAUUUGCGAAGAUGAAGAAAGGUGUGCGAAUUGUCAAUGUUGCUCGUGGAGGGGUCAUUGAUGAGGAUGCACUUGUUAGGGCACUGGAUUCUGGAAUUGUGGCUCAGGCGGCUCUUGAUGUUUUCACAGUGGAGCCACCCCCAAAAGACAACAAGUUGGUUCUGCAUGAGCAAGUUACUGCCACACCUCAUCUUGGUGCCAGUACCACGGAAGCCCAGGAAGGUGUGGCUAUUGAAAUAGCAGAAGCUGUUGUUGGGGCAUUAAAAGGGGAGCUUGCUGCUACUGCUGUCAAUGCACCAAUGGUUCCCUCAGAGGUGUUAACAGAGUUGAAACCAUUUGUCGAUCUUGCUGAGAAACUGGGCAGGCUGGCUGUCCAGCUGGUGGCGGGAGGAAGCGGGGUAAAAACAGUGAAAGUGACUUAUGCUUCCGCUAGGGCCCCUGAUGAUCUUGACACUCGUCUUCUUCGUGCCAUGAUAAUCAAGGGUCUGAUUGAACCCAUAUCCAGUGUUUUCGUGAAUUUGGUUAAUGCUGAUUUCACUGCUAAACAAAGAGGGCUCAGGAUAACCGAGGAGAGAGUUAUUCUUGAUGGUUCGCCUGAGAAUCCACUUGAAUUCAUCCAGGUCCAGAUUGCUAAUGUGGAAUCCCGAUUUGCUAGCGCAAUAUCUGAGUCUGGGGAGAUUGGGGUUGAGGGUCGGGUGAAAGAUGGGAUCCCCCAUCUGACAAAGGUUGGAUCUUUUGAAGUUGAUGUGAGUUUGGAAGGUAGCAUUAUACUCUGUAGGCAGGUAGAUCAGCCAGGUAUGAUCGGAAAGGUUGGGAGCAUUUUGGGUCAGGAGAAUGUGAAUGUCAGCUUCAUGAGUGUUGGAAGGAUUGCUCCACGCAAGCAAGCUGUAAUGGCAAUUGGAGUGGAUGAUCCACCUAGCAAAGAAACUUUGAAGAAGAUUGGUGAAAUUCCCGCUGUUGAAGAGUUAGUUUUCCUGAAGUUGUAAGAUGACAUGGUUGUUUCUACUUUGGCAUCUUUAAUUUUGCAAAUCUGGAAUGGGCAUGAUUGCCUGAUGGUCCCCAGUUUUGAUGUAUCAUCAUCAAAUGAAUGUAGCGGUAGUUUUAGGGGACAAGGAAAAUAAUAAUUUUAGCCUGCAAUUGAUAGUGUGAUUUAGUGAGUUAUUGCUUGUUCAAUCCACCUUUUUAUUUGAAAAAUAACGAGAAUAAAAACUUGUUCAAAAU